GAGGCAGGGAGGGGACGGGCUGCAGCCCAGGCAGUUACACGUUUCCCCCCAGGAGCCUCUGUCCUUGCCACCAGCUUGGGGUCCGGGACGGAGCAGUGAGCAUGGCCGGACUGCUGCGCCCCGGGCCCGGAACCUGGCUGGUGCUGUUGCUACUUUCAGCAGGUGUGCCUGCAGCCAAAACAGAAGACAAAUACCCGGAUAACAAAGGAAGCACUUGCUCCGGCAUCUGGCAGAACCCACGCUUCAUAGCGCGGAAAAGGGGCGCCACAGUGGAAAUCAGGUGCCACACAAAGGAGUCGGCAAGUGUGAGCUGGCUCUGGAAGCGGGAGAUGGGCUUGGAGCCCAAGCCGCUGCUGGACAAGGGCCACGUCGUAAAGAGCCACAACGGCUCCAUCGCCACCCUCACCAUCAAAGGCAUCCAGUUCCAGGACAAUGGCAUCUACUUCUGCCAGCAGAAGUGCUCGAAAGGGUCCCUCAGCAAGGGCUGUGGGACUGAGCUACGAGUCAUGGGGUUAAGCACCUUGGCACAGCUGAAGCGAAGGAACACACUAAAAGAUGGCAUCAUCAUGAUCCAGACCCUGCUCAUCAUCCUUUUCAUAAUUGUGCCCAUCUUCCUGCUGUUGGACAAGGAUGACAGCAAGGCUGGGAUGGAUGAAGAUCACACCUAUGAGGGCCUGAACAUCGACCAGACGGCCACCUAUGAGGACAUAGUGACUCUGCGGACAGGAGAGGUGAAGUGGUCAGUCGGGGAGCACCCGGGUCAAGAGUGAGGGGCCGGCCCUCCCCACGCCCCUGGGCCCAGCCAGCCGGGCCCUCAUUGACUGAGUGAGAGCCGCCUCCAGCAACCAGCUCAGCCCCUCUUCCCUGGACCUCGGUCAGCCUCUGAAGCUGGCCCGCCACGUCUGCCUGCCACCACCCCCCCUCCGGCCCCUGGUCCCCAGCUCUUGCCGCAGAGACUGGAGUGGAAGGGCUGCAGGGCAGGGCAGUGCUUUGGAGUGGGGAGUUCUCUGGGGAUAGACUGGACCCAGACUUCUGGGGGUGCUAUGUGGGGAUCCAGCCCAUGUUCGGGAUGGGGAAGGCAGAGGCUUGUCUGGAACCUGCAAAUGGACUCAAGCAGACCACCUUCCUGCAGAGCCCGGGAAAAGCCGUGGUCCAUCCCACUUGGCCACAGAUGGGCCACAGAGGGCUACAUGCCUCUCCCACCCUCUCCCACCCUCUCCCACCCUCUCCCACCCUCUCCCACCCUCUCCCACCCUCUCCCACUCCCUCCCACCCUCUCCCCCCCUCUCCCACCCCAGGGGGCUCCUAGCCUUGAUCCAUUCUCCCAUGGAAUAAACAGUGUGUCGAGAAACCA